UCCUAAAGAGAGUACAUUCGAGCAAAAACAGGCCACAAGUAAUGACGAAGAAGUCAAAGCAGGCGAGGAGAACCCCUUUGGACUUGACUCACAAGAGAUGCAAGAUCCUAUAGCACAUAAACAGUCAGUUUCAAAGUUCUUUGAUGGUCAAGAAGAGAGAAAUAUGAUCAAGAUCAAACAGGACUUGAUGAAAGGACUUAAAAAGACACAAGGAAGGAAGAUCUCUAAAUCCAAACUCCCUCUUAAUAAGAGAAAAGUCAAAGGAAUGAAUCCAAAUGAUAUUAAAGGCAAGAUUUUGAACUUAUUGUAUAGUGAAGAUCUUCCUACCAAAUUUGUCUAAACUGCUGUCUAAUGACACAAAAGAGAAGGCCCUUCAAGAGAUUUUGAAGGUAUUCAAUGAUACCGGGACCAAGCCAGAGUGGCUGAAGAUUUACUUACAGGAGCUACUAAAGAGGAGAAUCAGCAAGAAAGGCCUCAUCAAUUUUGAAAUGGAGAUAAUUGCAUUAAACCACUUGAUUAGACUUAAUGGCCAAAAUUUUAUUGACCCAAGGAGUAAAGUAAACACCUUGGAAUCUACCAUAAAGAAGGUGACUGAUCUAUACAAGAUUGCAAUGAGCAUUGAGUCUUCAGAAGUUCACAGAGCAGUAGCACAAGGAUACAUUCACAUUCUUGAAUCUUGAAUCAAGCCUAAAUAUGGUCUUGAUUUAGAGAAGAUUAAUGAAAUGCUCAUAAUUCCUCUUCAAAGCUCUAUUGAAAAGGGAGAAGAUAAGGUAGCCCAGGUUGCAGCUGCCCAUGUCUACUAUUUCAUGGUCAAGGCAGCUUAUGAGAGUGAGUAUAAUGAAGUAUUCAAAUUCCUAUAUUCGAAAUACCUAGACACUUUUAAAGCCUUCAAUAUCGAGAAUGAAGACUAUAUUGACUGUAUGUCCUACCUAAUCCAAAACGGAGGAAUCAAGCCUGCUGCUGAGUUCAUAGGAAGUUUGAUCAGAAAGUGCCUGAAGGUCUUGAACUCAAAAGAUGUGCAUAACCCAAAGGCUAAAACUUCUGCUUGAUACUUGCUAUUUCUGCUAGCAAGGAAGCUACAUGAGGUUGGAGAUAUCAUUUUUGAACCAUUUGGAUACACUGUUCUCUCAAAGCUAGACUCUCUUAGAUUUGGAAAGAAUCUGAAGCUUAAGAACGAAGCAAUUAAAGCUUAUGAUGAAUGGAAGAGUCUUGAGAAUUGAUCAAGAUCUAAUUCGAUAGAUCUGAAACAUUUUGAUUAUGACGACUUGCAAUAAAAAUCAAAGAAAGCUUAUCAUUCAUUGAAGUUGAGAAGCAACAAGAGGUAGAAGAUAAAGGUAGCUUUGCCAAAAUAGUUGAAGAAGGGAUUAAGAAUAGAAAGUUGAACCUUGACCUUGAUAUUCCAUCUACGAGGAUUGGAAUUAGUGCUUUAAAGACCUCAAGACUUCCUAUUAGGGAUAAAUACUCUUCAAAGCCAAGUUUACAGAAGAUGUCAAUCCAUCCAGUGCAUAAGAACAGGAAU